AUUUUAAGAAUCCGGCGGUCGUCACCCCAUGGUCUCCGAUCCUCUCUCUCUUUCUCUCAAGAUCACAGUGUCCGGCGGCAGAUCUGUAGGAGGAGCUUUCGGCCAGGAAGUGACGCACGCGAUCAAGGGCCUCUCUGGAUCUGGAUCCGGAAGUUUCCUUGCUGAAUUCGCACAAGAUCGUCCAGAGCACUUAAUGGUUCAGACUGAUUGUUUCAGCCUCUUAAUGGUUCAGAUGUCUGAAUGGUUAAGACAUUUGCCUCUGAAUGGUUAAGUAUUAUACAGAGUCUGAAUGGUUAAGACCUCUUAUCUGAAUUGAUCAGACAUUUGCCUCUGAAUAGUUAAGCAAUAUACUAGCUCUUAAUGGUUCAGACCUCUUACUGGUUCAGCACUUAAUGGUUCAGACCUCUUACUCGUUCAGCACUUACCUAUUCAG